AAUAUUUAUCUAUAAGUGAGAAGAUCUUAGAAGAAAAUAAUGAAGAUUAUAAUAUUAAUGAAACUGAUGAUAAAGAAAAUAAUGAUAAUUAUAAUAAAGAUGAAGAUGAAGAUAUAGAUAAUAUGAUGCAAGUUAAUAUUAAAGAAGGAUUAAGUAAAGAAUUAUAG